AUGGAUAAGGACCAAGUGGCCCUCGUCGUGCUCUUGAGAGAACUGCCCAGGCAGCAGCAUGGGCAGGAGCAGCACCUACAAAUGCGGCAAGAGGAAGAUCAGAGGGCAGUCAAACCCUCGCAGCAGCAGCAGCAGCGGCAUGAGGUGGCAGCAGCGGGUCCCCGUUUCUUAGUGGCAGCCAACACGCAUCUCAUCUUCUCUCCCGCGCGAGGCGAUGUAAAGCUAUCGCAGCUGCUGUAUUUUUUCAGAUGUCUCCACGACAUGCGGCUGCGGGGGAUUCUGACUGCAUACGAAGCCCUCACAAACACGGAAGGCUCUUUCUCCGUCUUGAGGGACGGUGCAGCCUCCGCCUCAGCGUCAACAGUCAGGAGGACGUACUCCAAGGCUGUUCCACAUGCCCUUGGACGCUUGUCUGCACAGGGAGAUCCUGGCACUGUAGGGGGAACUACUCACCCCUGGCCUCAUCCUAAGACGUUAAGGUGCCCUGGAGCCGAGGCAAACUCCCUCAGGAAUGCGCUAGUUGCAUGGGCAUCAGAGAAGGGCGAGCGCUACAGAGCAGAGGUUGAGGGCCUUAACGAACGAACACUAGAGGCUGCAGAGAGACUCGUACAUGUUGUUGCAUGCGGAGACUUCAACUUCACCCCUCAGAGUCCGUUUUACCAUCUUGUGACUCGAGGCACCAUGGAUUUCAGCCGUCUUUCCAGGGAAAAACUCUCAGGCCAGUUUCUGAUGUCUUCUAAGAUGUAUCCCAUCAGGUCCAUGGGGCACUGCUUUGCAGGGGCCUCUGCAAUGAAUGCCCCAGAGGCCUCGCGCCUCCUUACGCAAGUUCCUAAGGGGGUUGCUUCGAGCUGGGAAAAGUCUGUCAGGAUGCUGUUUAGAGGGUCAGAGACAGGAGGAGCUGCGCAAGGGCAAAAUCAGCAGCAGCACCAGCAGCCCUCCUCGAACAGGCAGGGGGGACAAGGCCUGCCUCUCGCCUCUUGCGCACUGGGAGUACCGAAACAAGAGGAGUCUUUCCUGGUGUCUCUGCCCUUCGCUCUGAAGAGUGCAUACGCGAUUCCCCCAACAACCCCACAGUCGAGAUGGCAAUCACAGAAAGGCUCAGGGGACGCUCCAAGCCUUUUUGAGGACAGCCAGAAUCUAGAAAAAGAGGCCGCACCGUCCGUGACACCUGCAACCAACCCCCGGAGGAGCAGCAGCAAGAGCAGCAGCAGCAAGAGCAGCAGCAGCAAGGGCAGCAGCAGCAAGAGCAGCAGCAGCAAGAGCAGCAGCAGCAGCAUUCCUAUGGAAGAAUUUCUAGAGGAGCCCGCAUAUACUGCAUAUCAUGGCUGGCAGAAAGGCUGCAUAGAUUAUAUCUUCUUUAGCCCUGGCAAUCUGAAAGUCGCUCAAGUGUAUCAGCUUCCCAGUUUGCUAAGCCAGGGAUGCGUCGGCUCGUGUCCAAAUCUGCUGUGGCCAGCCUCAGAUCACCUCUCCCUCGUUGUUGACCUCGUGCCUGCGAGAACUCCCUGCUACCAAGAGGAGCCUGCACACAGCCAGCCCUGUGUAGGAGAAGAGAGAAGAGAGUCGAAUACUGCGAGGCAUGCUGCAGACAAAUACUGGCCUUUAUACAAAUAUACAGCAAAAGAUCAGAGGCGGGUAGGCAGUGGGGGGCGUGGUACGAAAAAUAGGCCUGGAGACCUCAUCGCCUUUACAGCAUGGAAGCAAACAUCAAAUGUUUCCUACGUACAUGGCCCGCUGUCGGACGCUAAUGGCGAACGCGGCCACGUGCAAGUGCGCAGCAAAUCAAGCAACACCAAAAUGCCUGAAAGUUUUCGUUUGGGGUUUCCUUCGGACUUGCCACUCACUCUUAUUCAAAUCGUAUCUGCUUUGAACCGUCGCGGUGCCGAGGGUCGAUGGUGCAUAUUUAUUAAUUUAGGGACAUAA